CCCAACUUGCCUUAAGUCUUUAAGUUUCUACAGACUACUACAGAUCAGAGGGUGGGGCUCAAAUACCUGGUUUUGCGUCUUCAUGUUGCUCGCUGUCUUUAAGGGCCUGAAGAUUUUCGUUCACGUCGUAUCAUACUAUUUGUGGACGCGUCCGGUUCCUGCGCCAAUAAAUCCAACUAUCACCCCCGAAGAUGUUACAGUUAUUGUCCCGACAGUGUGCUGUUUCGAGCAGGAAUUCGUCGACUGCAUUGAUUCCAUCCUCAUCAACCAGCCAGCGAGAAUCAUCAUCUCAGUGGUUGGACACGAGAAAAAAAUACAAGCUAUUCGAGUCUGCGAAAAAAUCGACGCUCGAAUCGAAGUCGUUUCCACCCCAGAGGCAAACAAGCGUACUCAGCUUCUCAAGGCUGUGCAGGGCGUCCGAACUCCCAUCACAGUAUACGCCGAUGACCACGUCUUUUGGCCUCCAACUUUCCUCCGAAGUGCCCUCGCCCCCUUCGAAGACCCCAUCGUCGGCCUGGCCGGGACCUCCAAGCGCGUCUGGCGGAACCGCAACCUCCCCUUCUGGGACAAUUUCUUCAACUACAUCGCCUGCAUCUACCUGGAGCGGCACAAUUUCGAGUGCACCGCAACCUACAACAUCGACGGCGGGGUCUUCGUGGUCUCUGGCCGGACCGUACUACUUCGCACCUCAGCCCUGCAUUCCCUCGAAUACCGCACUGAGUUCCAGGAUGAGUACUUCGUCGGCAUUGGGCCCAUGAAAGUCGACGACGAUAACUUCAACACCCGCUUCAUGGUCCGCCACGGCUACAGAACAGUCUUCCAUAACGACCCCAGCGCCACAAUAGAAACGACACUCGUCCACGGCACAGGCCAAAUUACGAAAUUUCGCGAUCAACUCCUACGCUGGUCACGCACAACCUGGCGUUCAAAUCUCAAAUCCCUGCUCACAGACCGCGCAUGCUAUCAACGCACACCAUGGACCACAUACGCGAUGUUCAUUUCCUCGUUUGUCAACUUCGCCCUCUUCUACGACUUGGGGUUGUAUUGGAGUUUGAAGUGGUCAGGUGCCGGUCAUAUGUGUGCGUUUUGCAUGGUGUUGGCACUGAGUAAGUUGAUUAAGCCGCUGCCGCAUUUGGCGAGGGAGUGGCAGGAUUGGAAAUGGGUUCCUAUGGGAAUUCUAUUUGCGUAUGCGCAUAGUUUCAUUAAGUUGUAUUCGUUGUGGACGAUUCGGGAUGUGGCGUGGAGUGGGAGGAGUGGGAUCAAGGCAACGGCUUAGGGGGGGAUUCACAGGGCGGGGUUGCACAGUAUUGAGGUGCUUCGUAGAGUUGGUCGCCUGUGCAUGUGCAUGUGCUAGUUAUGGUAAUCUUAAUUUAUUAAGAAGAGCCCUGAGUUGGAC